GACCGGACGUGGUAUCGAUUAGACGGCCUUCAUGUCGCACACUACUUCGCUACUGCUCUCGUGGUCGUGGAGCCUGAUGACGAUGCCCACGUCCUCGUUUACCUCUACUACUCCUCCAAGUAUUCAGCUCGGCCGCACCACACCGUCCGGCGUCCCGUCGUCCCGCCCAUUGGUUGCUGUUGGUCGUCGCAUUAACAGGAUCCGCUGCUCAGCGACCUACACCCUUGCACCAAGCCGUGAGUCUACUACUACUACCACCACCGCCGUCGGUGAGGCUCGGCGUGCACAGGGUGCAGCCGUGCUCGCUCUUGGCACGGCCAACCCAGCAGCUACCUGCUUGCCGCAGACUGAGUACGCCGACUGGUACUUCCGUGCCACGAAGCGCGACCACCUCACCAAGCUAAAAGCCAAGAUGAAGAAGAUAUGCCACAACUCGGGAAUAAGGAAGCGCUACUUCCACCACACGGAGGACACGCUCCUCGAGCACCCGGAACUCGUGGACGGCGCGCUGCCGUCGCUGGACGCCCGGCAGAGCAUCCUGGGCUCGGCCGUGCCGGAGCUCGCCGCGUCCGCGGCGGCGCGGGCCAUCGCCGAGUGGGGCCGCCCGGCCGCCGACAUCACCCACCUCGUCUUCGCCACCAACUCGGGCGCGCACAUGCCGGGCGCCGACCUCCGCCUGGCGUCGCUCCUCGGCCUCCGCCCGUCCGCGCAGCGCACGGCGCUGUACCUCACCGGCUGCCACGCGGGCUCCGCCGCGCUCCGCGUCGCCAAGGACGUGGCCGAGAACAGCCGCGGCGCCCGCGUGCUGGUGGCCUGCGGCGACCUCAGCCUCGUCAAGUUCCGCGCGCCGCACGAGGACCGUCCCGAGACUCUCGUCCUGCAGGCCCUGUUCGGCGACGGCGCGGGCGCCGCCAUCGUCGGUGCCGCCUCCGACGAGAUGUACGGCUCCGGCGCUGAGUCGUGCCCGCUCUUCGAGAUGGUGUCCGCGUCCCAGACAGUGGUGCCCAACAGCGAGGACGCCGUCGCGGGGCAGCUCGGCCAAGACGGGCUCGUGUUCAGCCCGUCCCCUAGAAUGCCGGCGCUCGUACGGGAGCACAUCGAACGGUGCCUGGCGGACGCCGUCGGGCCGCUCGGAUUACUGGGUGGUGGAGGUGGUGGUGGUGACUGGAACGACCUCUUCUGGGCGGUGCAUCCCGGCGGGCCUCUGCGAUCCUUGACACUCCAGGCCACGCUGGCGCUGGCGCCAAGCAAGCUGGCGGCCAGCAGGCACGUGUUGAGUGAGUACGGGAACAUGUCGGGUGCCUCGGUUAUCUUCGUGCUGGACGAGCUCCGGCGGCGGUGUGGCAUGCUGGAUGGAGAUUUUGGGGUCAUGCUAGGUUUCGGUCCGGGGUUCACCGUCGAGACCAUGGUACUCCGAGCGGCGAAGGCUGCAACGAAAAAGGUUUUCUAAUGUGUGGAUGUCAGAUGUCACCAGCAGCAACGAAAAAUUAUGUUCGAGUGAAAUUCACCGGAGGUCCUUGUUAUCAGCAGCUUUGCCUCUAUACAUUUUUUGUUUGGUCAGCUCUUUGACUCU